AUGGGUUGGUAUGGAUCAACUUUUGCUUAUUGUGGAGCCUCUUUACGGGAAGUUACUACUAAUACUCCUCUCAAGGUUACUAUUCCUAUUCCCAAGAUGACUACUGUUACUACUAAUGCCGCCAUUCCUAAACCAACCGAAGGUCAUCAGCUCGCACAUCAUAUUUGGGGACAUUUAGAUCUCGCCACUUUAUCACUUGAACAAAUCGUUUUUCAAAUGACAAACCUUGAAAAUGAUUUAUUGAAAAUUGUGGGAGUUGCCCCUCGAUAUAUGCGUUUACCCUAUGGAUCAGGUGUCGAUAAUCCUUUAGUUAUGGAUACUUUAACAAGUGUGAGCACGCAAGAAUCAUUGAAUAAAUAUAAAGAAGCAUCAAAACCGCCAGGAGUACAUAUUGCGUUGCAACACGAUACAACAGAAAAUACGGCACAUUCACUCGGACCAGAAGCAGUUAAAUUGGUGAGAUCUCUUGGAUUCAAAAUUACAACUGUUGGUGAAUGUUUAGGUGAAAAUAUUUCAUCGUCAUGGUGUAACACCUAG